AAUCUUGGCGAUAUUUUUGUUGCUAAGAAAGAUGUAAAUGGUGCAAUAAAAUUUUACGAACAGCAACUAGGUUUAGCUCAUCAAGUCAAGGACAGGCGGCUAGAGGCUAGCGCUUAUGCUGCUUUAGGUAGUGCUUACAGAAUGAUACAAAAAUAUGACAAAGCAUUGGGAUAUCAUACACAGGAGCUUGAGGUCUUCCAAGAAUUAAAUGAAUUGCCAGGAGAAUGCAGAGCUCAUGGUCACCUUGCUGCUGUAUAUAUGUCUCUUGAGAAGUACACUAUGGCCUUCAAAUGCUAUGAGGAACAGCUUGAGCUGGGGCAAAAGCUUAAAGACCCUGCGAUAGAAGCUCAGGUGUAUGGGAAUAUGGGCAUCACUAAAAUGAACAUGAAUGUCAUGGAGGAGGCUAUUGGUUAUUUUGAACAGCAGUUAGCCAUGCUACAGCAAUUGAGUGGAAAUGACUCUAUCCUUGACAGAGGUCGUGCAUAUGGAAACUUGGGAGAUUGUUAUGAUGCCCUUGGAGACUAUGAAGAAGCAAUAAAAUAUUAUGAGCAGUAUUUAUCUGUGGCUCAGAGCUUGAACCGACUUCAAGAUCAGUCCAAAGCAUACAGGGGACUCGGAAAUGGACACAGGUCCAUGGGAAAUUUACAACAGUCUCUUGUAUGCUUUGAAAAAAGACUUGUGGUCGCUCAUGAACUUGGAGAGACAUCAAACAAAGCCCAAGCAUAUGGAGAACUUGGAAAUUUGCACAGUCAGCUAGGAAACUAUGAGCAAGCGAUAUCCUGCCUAGAACGUCAACUGAACAUUGCCAGAGAAAUGAAAGAUCAGAUACUGGAGAGUGAUGCAGCCUGUGGUCUGGGUGGAGUCUACCAACAAAUGGGAGAGUUUGAUACUGCACUACAGUACCAUCAGCUGGACUUACAGAUAGCUGAAGAAACCAACAAUCCAUCUUGCCAAGCUCGAGCUUAUGGAAAUCUGGGACUUACUUAUGAAUCUCUGGGUAACUUUGAAAGAGCAGUAGUUUAUCAGGAACAGCACCUUAGCAUUGCAGCAGAAAUGAACGACCUGGUAGCAAAGACAGUGGCCUAUAGUAGCUUAGGAAGAACGCAUCAUGCUUUACAGAAUUAUUCCCAAGCAGUAAUGUACUUGCAAGAAGGUUUGAGAUUAGCAGAACAGCUGUCCCGCAGAGAGGAUGAAGCCAAAAUUAGACAUCGCCUCGGACUCUCUCUUUGGGCUAGUGGAAAUUUGGAAGAAGCUCAACACCAGCUUUACCGAGCUUCAGCGUUAUUUGAAACAAUAAGACACGAAGCCCAGCUCAGCACUGAUUAUAAG